UUCUUUAUAUACCAGUCUUCUUGUACGCUUCAACAUUAAGAGAGACAUCACAUGGCCAUUACAACUAGUUGCUGCCUCAAUAUGAAUAUCCCUCCUCCAACUAGUGCUUCAAGUCUACCUUCUUCUUCUUCUACUACAAAGCCCACUGCUCAAGCCUCUUGGUUCAAGAAUGAGAAGUGGAGAAGCCAAUGUGUACUAGGCAUGGCCUGCAUGAUAAUUGGACUUGAAAUGGAUAACUUGGUGAAUGAAGAAACUAAUCUUGCUAUGGCCGCAGAGAAUUCCUCAUCGGUUGUAGAAUUAAAGGUGAAACCAAAGACUAGAAGAUGGAGUGAUAAGAGAAUGUGUCCUCCAUGGAGGCUAAAUUCACUAGAAACCAUUGUGCCUGAGAAUCUUCCAAGGCCAUCAGCUCGUCGGAGAUGGGAGGCUACUGGUUAUUCUAAGAUUGAUCCGGCUCCGGCUCCGGCUCCGGCAAGGAAAGUGUCAGUCAAAAGCAUUAUGAUUAUGGAUAAUUGCUUUACCAUGUAAUUAAAGAACGUGUAGCUACUAAUCAUGUAUAUAGAUAAUACAAUAAAUAAUUACUAAGAUCAAUAAUGAUAAUAUUAAAGAAUGAUUAUACACCUUUUUAUUUAA